AUGUCCCGUAAAACAACCUCUCAAGAAGAAAAGCUCGACAUUGUUGUUGACUUUUUCCUUCAACAUUGUGAACCAUUCUCUCUUAAAGAAUUAGAAAAGAAAUUACCAAAAUUCAAUUCAGCCAUCAAAUUCCCUCUCAUCAAAGAUCUUCUCACAUCAUUAUCAGCUGACUCUAGAAUUGAUACAGAUAAAGUUGGUUCAUCGAAUCAAUACUGGUUGUUCCCUAGUGCAGCCUCUGAAGUAAGAAAGAGAAAAAAGUCAGAAUUGGAAGAUCAAGUUGAAAAUGAAAAACAAAAGAAGAUUAAAUUGGAAGAAGAAAUUCAAGAAGCCUCCGAAGGAAAGGAAAAUACAGAAGAGAGAUCAGGUUAUCUAGAAGAAUUACAAGAAAUCAGAAAGGAAAGAGAAGGAGUGAAUGCACAAUUAAAAAGAUUUGAAGAUUUGGAUCCGGAAUUGAUUGAAAAGAUUAAAUCGGAUGUUAGUGUCUGUAAAGAUUCUGCUAAUAGAUGGACAGACAAUAUAUUUUCAUUGGUUGGUUAUUGUAAAAAGACCUUUAAUAUGGAUAAUAGUACAAUUUAUCAAAUGUUUGAAAUUCCAGAAGAUUUUGAUAACUUGGAAUAA